CAUGACGUAAAACGCGCCGGCUCGCUGCUGCAACUCCGCUGGCUAAAUAAGCUAACCCAUCCAGGGGGGUAAAAACAAGAAAACAAGUCGUCUUUGGGAAUGUUGCAGCCGAUGCGUAGUCAAUGAUGUGAUGCAAUAAUAACCCCGACGUUUGAGUUUCAAGCACCGGUCAUCUUUUUCUGGGAGGAGGAGGACGUCUUACUGUUUGCAUUACUUGCAUUUCAGACUUUCUGAUUGGAAAUGCCGGCGGCCACGUCUCUCUCCUGGGUUCCUCCCACAAGAGCCCAUCUGAGUCCUACAACCAAAUGAAACUUUCUGCCUCCCCCAGAAGAACAGAAGCAGCUCUCACAGAGAGACCCCCGUCUGUCCCGAGGACUCCUGUGCACCGUGCUGGGCUCCUGUAGCCCACCCAUGCCUGUGAUCCCCAUCCCACGACGGGUGCGCAGCUUCCAUGGCCCCCACACCACCUGCAUGCACUCGGCCUGCGGGUCGACGCACACCUCCAAGCUAGUGCGCACCAAGUACAACAACUUCGACCUGUACCUGCGGUCACGCUGCAUGUACAGCUUCCUCCGCUUCCUCCUCUACUUCGGCUGCAGCCUGCUGACCUCUCUGCUCUGGGUGUCGCUCUCUGCCCUCUUCUUCCUCCAGUACGUCAGCGUGCGGGUGCUCCUGCGCCUGCAGUACAAGCUCUCGGUCAUCCUGCUCUUGUUAGGGCACCGCCGCCUGGACUUUGGCGUGCUUAACGACCUGAUCAUCUACAGCAUGCAGAUCACCAUGUUUCUGGUGGGGGGGCUCGGCUGGUGCUUCAUGGUGUUCGUGGACAUGUAGCUGCGCUAUGGCGGGCAGCGUGAUGAAUGUAUGAUGCGGAUGCUUCACACUUUAACUCUGUGUGGGGUCACAGACACGCACACACCCUCUGUCAAAAUCACUCUUUUGACAUGAACUCCUAAAGUCUUGUUGGUCCAUGUUCCGUGUAGUUCUUUAAAAAUGUUAGUCCUGUAUAAGUCAGAACGACAUGCUUGCUGAAUAUUAAAAAUGUUAAAUGGAGUCGGGCCUGAACUUAGGGCUUAAGUUCAAUCACCAAGGGACCAAUAAGAUUAACGUCUUAUUAUAUUUUUUAUUGUACUUCAUGCCGUUUGUAAACUGUUUUCGCAAAAGUUUAAAAGGCAUCUUGUCUAGAAACUAAUUCUCUUUCUAUAAUGGAAAAAAAGUUAAAUGUCAAGGGUGCAUGGAAAAGUGACAUAACACAUGACUGUUGUGCAUCACUUGUGUGAUGCAAGACAGUCAUCUGUGCCAAACGGCUUCGCUCUGAAUGCGUACCAUGUUACCGCGGUUAAUUGUUCAGAUUAUGUUCUGUUUAAAUAUCAUGUAAAUAUACAAAAGAAAUGAAUGUGAUAUGCAGAAAGUUACGGUGGAUUAAGUGACCAAAACAGGCCUGUGUGCGCGUGCGCGUGUGUGUGUAAUGUUUUGUGAAAAAGGGCAUCGGAAAGCCAGAGUAACAUCGACAUUUUUUUUUGUAAAGCUAUUUAAUAAAAAUGUUUGGUUCAUGAA